UGUUACGUUAACUGUGUUCAAAUUAUAAAAAUGUCAGAUGUGAGAGAUUGGUUUAAUUCUUUACCAAUUUUUACAAGAUAUUGGCUGUUAUGUACAGCUAUUUGUACAUUAAUCGGAAGAUUCGGAUUAGUAAGUCCGCUCUCACUAAUAUUGAUAAAUGAUCGGUUCAUAAAUAAUUUUGAAAUUUGGAGAGCAGCAACGUGUGUUUUCUAUUACCCUCUCAGCCCGGCUACAGGAUUUCAUUUCUUAAUCAAUUGUUAUUUCUUAUAUAAUUAUUCAUACAAGUUAGAGCGUGGGGAAUAUGAUGGACGACCAGCAGAUUAUUGUUUCUUACUCUUAUUCAAUUGGAUAUGCUGUGUUAUUAUAGGACUUAUAGGUGAAUUUGUAUAUCUUAUGGAUCCUAUGGUACUCAGUAUAUUAUAUGUGUGGUGUCAAUUGAAUAAAGAUGUUAUCGUUAAUUUUUGGUUUGGUACGCAAUUUAAAGCAAUGUAUCUACCAUGGGUAUUAUUUGCAUUUAAUCUUAUUAUCUCUGGAGGUGGUAUGAUGGAACUUUUUGGUAUUCUGGUAGGACAUCUUUAUAUAUUUUUAAAAUUCAAAUAUCCUCAAGAAUUUGGUGGACCUGAAUUAUUGAAUACUCCAAAAAUUCUUGAAUCUUACUUUCCACCUCAAAGAAGUGGUAUCAGAUGGUUAAGAGUUGCACCUAUUCCAAGAGCACAAGAACGACAGACUAGAAAUACAUUUGGUCAUAAUUGGGGACGAGGAUAUGUGUUGGGACAAUGA